AUGCCAAAAUUCCAAUCGACUGCCCUUUUGCUGCUUGGCUUCUCAGCAGUGGUUUUCGCGUCUGCGGGCUCGGACUCAUCGGUAGGGAACAACGAGGUCGAUCCAGAUGUGGCGGCCAACGAUCCAAAGACCGCAUUUUUGUUUGCUAUUUCGAUGAUUAUCGUUUCAGAAAUUGGUGACAAAACUUUUUUGAUUGCAGCUUUGAUGGCAAUGCGAUAUUCGCAUCUGCUGGUGUUUUCUGCCUCAGCCUCAUCCCUCUUUAUUAUGACGAUUUUGUCGGGACUUGUGGGCCGCACUUUCACCACGCUUGUGCCAGUCUCCUAUACCAAAUUCAUGGCCGGUAUUUUAUUCCUAGUUUUUGGGUACAAGCUAACUAUGGAGGGACUAUCCAUGUCCAAAGAUGUCGGUGUUGAGGAGGAACUAGCUGAGGUGGAGGAAGAAAUUGCCGUCACAGAUAUCAACAAAGAAAUGGACAACGCCGAGCAGGGAAGUGACAACGCUGUUUCGUCCAAACCAACGUAUUCGAACAACAAAUUGCUCAACAACUUCAUCAUCCGAACUAAAAAUCUGUUUUCCUACAUCCUUUCUCCUGUCUGGGUUAAUAUUUUCUCAAUGGUGUUUUUUGGAGAAUUUGGAGACCGUUCUCAGAUCAGUACCAUUGCCAUGGCUUCCGGCAGUCACUAUUGGUCGGUGAUAUUCGGUGCAGUUAUAGGACACGCCAUUUGCACGGGCAUAGCCGUUAUUGGAGGUAAACUUCUUGCCGCUAAAAUCAGCAUGAGAACUGUCACAUUGGGCGGGGCGUUUUCUUUCAUAGUGUUUGCCUUCGUAUAUAUCGUCGGGGCAUUCAACGAGGCCUGA